AUGGCUGCUGUUGAAGUUGGAAGAAUCAGUGCAGCUCGAUAAAAACACGCGUUUUCCUCGCAGCCGCCGCCUGAAAUGUCUUUCGAGGGAGCUCUGUGUUCCGGUUCUCGGCGGCUCACGGCUCGGGGCUGCGCCCGGGGAGGAGAGUAGGUUCGUUUUACCGCAGCCGUUUAUAGUAAAGCCAGCUGCUAACGGCUAACGUGUGAGAGACUCCACGGAGCAGAAAUCAGAUAAAACCUCCUUCAGAUCAGAAAACCGGUCUGAUGAAAGGACCGGAAGCGUCUGUGAACCAGAAUGAAGACGCUGCUCUCUGGAGUCCCGUCCUCUCGCCUCCAUGAAGACAGUCUCCAGGUGUGACCAUGCCAACAGGUCAGGGCUCGGACCGGGGAAAGACCCGGGACCGAUUCAACCAGGUCUUCAAGAAGUACUCCGAGAAGGAGAAGAAGAAGAAGAAGAGCGGCGACGCCCCGGAGGCGGUGGUGCUUCCGAGUCUCCAGAAGAGUCUGGACCUCAUGAAGACCGGAGGGGACGACGAGACCGUCCUCCAGAACACCUACCGGCCCGAGCAGGACAGUCCCCGCUUCACCAAGAACAGGCGGAGGGAGGAGGCCGACAACGCUCCCGACACCCCCAACACCCCCAAACCCCAGAGGAGGAGUCCGGGAGAGCCGCCCCCCCUCCCCGGACCCCGGGACUCCACCGGGGAUCAGCCGAAGCAGACCGACUCCUCCAGGUCUGCUCCGGCUCCAGACCGAGGGGGGGGGCAGCAGCGCAAAGGGAACAGCAGGAAGGGACGGAGCAGAGCAGGAGGCCGGGCGGCGGGGGAGGCGGGGGAGCGGCUCCUACAGCAGUAUCAGCAGCAGGUGGCAGAGCAGGAUGAGACGGAGAAGAAGAAGAAGAACCGACUGAACAACGAGACGGGGAAGAAGAAGAAGAAGAAGAAGCUGAGGAGCCUCGCCGAGUCCGAUGGAGGGGAUGAAGGUCAGAGGUCAUCAGAGGAGCAGGCUGGAGGUCAGAGGUCAUCUCUCAUUGGCCAGGGUGAAGGAGAAACGGAGUCCAAGAAGAAGAAGAAGAAAAAGCCAGUGAGAGAAGCGCGUGAAGCAGAAGCCCCGCCUGAGGAACCCGGGUUUGAUCCCAGCCUGGUCCUGGGGGUCCUGGUCCACCGGACGGACGGCCUGCAGACCGACCCGCUGCUGUCCCGUCCGCUGGUCAAAGUCCACCUGGUGGACGAGCUGAGCGGCCAGUAUGUGAAGAAGGAGGACUGCCGUCCCGUGUCCUGGUUCUACGAGCCGGACGGCGUGGACCACAUCCUGCCGGUCCUGACGCGACCCUUCGACCUGCGGCGGAGCCGGGUCCUGGUCCCGGACUGGCAGGAGCAGAUCGUGUUCCAGCAGCGCUUCGGCUCCUUCCUGCAGCGGAACCCGCGGGUCGUCCUGUUCUUCGAGGUUCUGGACCUGGUGACGAUGGAGGAGGCCCGGUCCAACGUCCGGGCCCAGGAGCGGGACCGCGGGUUCCGGAACAUCGCCUGGGCCUUUCUCAAGAUCGUCGGCGCUAACGGGGUCCUCAACAUCGACCGCAAGCUCCGCCUCCAGCUGUUCCGCCGGCCCCCCGGGGCCCGGAGACCGCCCGGGACCAUCGAGGUGGUGGACUGGUGGAAGAGGUUCCCCAGAACCCGGUACCCCUCCACCCUGUUCGUCACGGUGAGGGGCAUCAGACCGCCGGACCGGGUGGAUCCCGGGAUCCGGUCCAUGAUGGCCCUGCAGGAGGAGCGGGGCAGCGUCUCCUACAGCCAGCUGCAGCAGGAGGUCCAGCAGAGGACCCGGACCCAGACCCGGACUCGGACCGGGUCCCCGCCGCAGCCCAGACAGCCCGCCGUCCAGUGGAGGCGCCUCCCGGGUCAGGUCUGCCGGGUCCCCAACAGGCCGGUCCUGGCGGUCCGGGGAGGCCAGCUGGGCUGCUUCUCGCUGCUCUUCUCUCAGACCGGGACCCUGCUGGCCGCCGCCUGCGUGGACCGAGACGCGUUCCCCGUGGUCGUCUACGAGAUCCCGUCCGGAAAGGUCCUGGCAGCCUUCAGCGGUCAUUUUAAGAUCGUGUACGACCUGUGCUGGUCCCGAGACGACGGCCGGCUCCUGUCUGCGUCCUCCGACGGGACGGUCAGAGAGUGGGACGUAGAACGCCUGCUGGGACCGGCUCAGAAGGUUCUCCCUCACCCCUCCUUCGUGUACUGUGCCCGGUACCACCCUACGGCCCAGAACCUGGUCCUGACCGGCGGCUACGACGGCCCGGUCCGGGUCUGGAGGCUGGACGUGGACGACGUGAACGGACGGCUGCUGCGGGAGCUGGACGGCCACGGCGGCUUGGUCAACACGCUGUGCUUCGACCCUGAAGGGAGGAGGAUGUUCUCUGCGGACAGCUCGGGCCUGAUCCUGGUGUGGAGGACGUGUGUGACGGCCGGCGACCUCCGACCCUGUGACCUCUGGGCCGUGGAGAAGAGGAUCGCCGAGGCCGAGCUCCGCGGCGUCGCCGUCGGCUCGCUGCAGCUGCAUCCCGACGGGCGCCGCCUGCUGGUCCACGCCCGGGACAGCGUCCUCCGGAUGAUCGACCUCAGGAUACUGGCCGUGAAGCGGUUCACCGGAGCCACGAACCACCGGGAGAGGAUCUGCAGCACCCUGUCCCCCUGCGGGACCUUCGUCUUCUCCGGCAGCGAGGACGGCACGGCCUACGUCUGGAACAGCGACACCGGAGACCAGGUGGCGGUCUACUCGGAGCUGUGCUAUCCCGCCCUGCACGGCGUUUCCUUCCACCCCCAGGAGAACAUGGUGGCGUUCUGCGGCCUCGGCGCCGGCCAGCCCAUCCAGCUCUACCUGUUCCACCGCACAGUGUCCCAGCUGGACGUCCCUGGUCCGAGCCCGUGGAGCAGCCCGGACCCGGCCUCCUGGUCCUCGGCGGUCCCGGACCGGUCCAGCCCGGCUGCCAGACUGGCUCUGAAGAUGCAGAGUGUCCAGGAGCAGCUGGACUCGGUUCUGGAACCUCGUCAGACGUCCAUCAGAUGUGGGCCGGCCUCCGAAGCAGGAACCUGGACCGAGAGGACUGGAACGUCUGAGGCUGGAACCGGGCUCAGCGCUGCCGUCCCUCCUCCACCCCCCAGGCUGCCUCCACCCUCCGGGCUGCCUCCACCCCCCAGGCUGCCUCCACCCUCCGGGCUGCCUCCACCCUCCGGGCUGCCUCCACCCCCCAGGCUGCAGGCGUCGCUGUCUGAACACCAAGAACCCGGUUCUGGUCCGGUCCCACAGGAGGUGUUCCGUCUCCACGACUACCGGGCCGGUCGAUGGGACGAGCUGAGCGUCCACCGUGGCGACGCCGUCCGCGUCCUGCACGAAGACACGGACAGCCGAAGGGUCGGGCGUGCGCCGGGCGGCCAGCAGGGACACGUCCUGUCUUCGCUCGAGGUGGACCGGGGUGAGUCUGCCGUCCGUCCCCCGGUUCCCGACGGCAGAACCUUCAGGUCCAAACUGUCUCCUUCACAGCUGAUUUCAACAUCCAGGACACUGAGACACCAGGGACAGGAAGGACGGACGAAAGGGCGACGCCCACAAAGGUGA